AUGGUAGAAGGAAUACCUAUACCUCAAGCUGAACGUAAACGCUUAUUGAAACAAAUUGAAAUCGCAGAGAGCUACUUAAAGUCACGACAUAUUGCUCAUUGCACAAUGAAUUCUAAUUGUAUUACUCACUGUACUACCUUUGCCUUAAGUGAUCCCAACUGUGACGCACAAUAUAUGGCGUGUAGUGAAGAACAUACAUCGAUUUGUCUAGAUUGUUUGAACAUUGUUCAAACACUUGAUGAAAUCAAACAAAGUAUUGGAAAAAUAUCGAAUGAAGACUUACUCGCAGAAGUUGAAUACGAUUUUGAAAACGCCAUAGAGCACACCAUUGAAUGGUUUCGUCACAAUGUACGUGCUGCGCAGCAAGAUUUUGAAAAACCGAGAAUUAUCUCCAAAAUGGGAACGGAUGAAGCGUUCUGUAUGUCUGUUCUUGUUGGUUCGUUCACCUGGAAAACGGGAGCAAGAUCUACCGUCGCAAAUCGUACGACAACUGAUAUACAAUCUCCAAACACAUUUGCAUCCGAAUCGUAUAUUUUGGCGUUAACAACUGCUGCUCAAACUGAGUUGGAUACAUUAAGUGGUGGUGAAUUGAUUUUAGAACAAUUUAAACUAGACUUUCCACAUAUUAAAAGAUUACAUAAACGUACCGAUAAUGCUGGAAAUUUCUCAUCACAUUCAACUCCUGAAGCUGAAAGAUUGAUCUGUGAAAAUCUUGAACUUGAACUACUAACAAGGGACUACAGUGAAGUUCAAAAAGGGAAAGACAUUUGUGAUCGCGUUUGUGGAGUAGCUAAGGAUCGAAUGAGGUCCUGGAUUGCGACUGGUAAUGACUUAUUGAGUGCUUACGACAUUAAAGAAGGUAUGCAAUAUUGUGGGGGCAUUAGAAACACAAAGAUCGCGACAGCUGAGAUAAUUCCAGGUGCUGAUCAUUUGGAUAAAACUACCAUUCCAAAUAUCUCAUUAGUACGUUCUGUUAAGUAUGGAAGCAAAGCUAUGAAGAUUUAUAAGGCUUCUGGUAUUGGAAAUGGUAUCUCAAUAAAAAAAAAUGAGCGACAAUAUUACGAUUUGGUACUAUGUCCUGUUAAUGGUUGCACGGAUACUUUUGAAUCAGACACAGAACUAAACGCACACAUUGCUGCUAAUCUGCAUACAAUUCCGGAACAAGUUCCUCGAACAGCGAAUGAUAUUGCUCGAACUCAUUUAACUGAAAUAGUACGAACAACACGAUCACGCACGAGAGCCAAAGCAGCUGCUCAACAGCAACACAGCGAUGAUUACGAUCUAUCAAGAUCGCACUGCUAUGAAUUCCUCUCAAUCUGUGGUUGGGCGCUACGCACUAGAAAGCUCAGUAAUCCAAUGACUCAAAAAGUAAAAGAUUUUUUAGAAGAAAUUUGGCUUGAUUUAAUCAAGACAAACUCAAGAAUCAUUCCAGAAAAUAUUCAACAAAAAAUACGAGCGAAAAGAGAUCAACAUGGAAAAAAAUUUUUCUCUACCAAUGAAAAUCCUUCAAGGAAUCAAAUAAACUAUCAAUGCCGCAAAUUUUCCCAGAAGUAUGGCAUAACCUCAAAGCAACGAAUCAUAGAUGAAAUUGUCGGUCAGCACCAGAACUCGUGA